GUGAGUGACAGUCAGCUGCUGCAAGGGGAGGAGGGAAGGAGGUCGUGCGGGGAGGGGAAGAGCUUUCCCCAUCCCCUCCCUUCUCCCGCCGCGGACGGAGCUCCGGAGCCUCCUGGAGCUAACCCAGGUGGCGGCGGCGGCGGCGGCGGAGUACGCCGGGCUAGCAAACACCUCCCACCACCGAUCCCCGAGGUGAAUAUAACAAACGCUCCAAAUCAUCGUGCAGACGUGAAAAAGAGUCCUCGACUCCCUUGCUGCUGUUGCGCAGCAUCCUGGCUGCUUCCCAAACUUGGACGCUUGCCGCCUUCUCUCCUGCCUGGGAUUAUCCUAGUUUUCUCUCUUUUAUCAAUCCUUUUCAUCUGAGUCGUUGGAUUUAUCAACUUCUUCUUCAGCGAAUCUUGAAGUAGCCUCUUCUCCGUUGUUUUCUUUCAUCACUGGAACUCACCUCACGACGAUGGUGGUCAAGUGAAAGUGACGCCGAGGAAGGAGCCAGAGUGGAGGGGAGAAUAUAAAACCAUGCGGAGUCAUCGGUGAGGGACCGCGUGUGACCAGGAGGAUGGCGGGCGGCAACCGGGAGCUGACGGUCACCUCCUCCCCAGCGGUGGCGGCCAAUGCGGAGGGAGAGGAAAUAGAAGUGUUGGAGAGCACCGAAGUCCUUCCCGUGGCUCCCGAAGACAAAUGGAAGGAACUGUUUGACAAGUAUGACCCGGACAAUUCCGGCUUCAUCAGUACAGAGCGCUUCAGGGACCUGUUGGCGACGCAUGGCUCAGAGCUGGACCCCCACAAGCUGGAAGUCCUCUUGGCCCUCGCCGAUGGUAACUCUGACGGAAAAAUCUGCAACCAGGACUUUGUCAAUUUGAUGAGUAACAAGCGUUCCAAUAGCUUCCGCAGAGCGAUCCUCCAGGGGGGCAGGCACCUAAAGGGCAGCAGUCUGCGGGAUGAGGUGGGUCUGGGUCUAUCCCAGCGCCUGGUCCGACACGUUGCUUAUGAGACGUUGCCGCGGGAAGUGGAUCGCAAGUGGUAUUUUGACAGCUACAACUACUGGCCCCCUCCAUGGCUGAUCCUGACCAUCACCAUUCUUGAGGUCAUUGUUUUUUUUUAUUAUGGAUGUCACCUGGACCGCCUAGUUCUGCAGGUGUCCAGCCCAUCAUUCCUUAAGAGUCCUCUACCUUACCACCCCCAGCUCCGGGCCCAGGCCUGGAGGUACCUCAGCUACAUUUUCAUGCACACUGGGAUAGAACACCUGAGCCUGAACAUGGCCAUGCAGCUGCUGGUGGGAGUCCCCCUGGAGAUGGUCCACGGGGCGGCGAGGAUCGGACUCGUCUACGCGUGUGGCGUGCUGGCAGGGUCUCUUGCAGUGUCCGUCACUGACAUGACAGCUCCCGUGGUCGGUUCGUCUGGCGGGGUGUAUGCCCUGGUCUCGGCACACCUGGCCAAUGUAGUCAUGAACUGGUCCGGCAUGAAGUGUCAGUUUAAAUUAUUCCGGAUGGCCAUGGCUCUGGUGUGCAUGAGUGUCGAAUUUGGCCGGGCGGUGUGGCUCCGCUUCUACCCGCCAGCCUUUUCUCCUUGCCCCAACCCCAGCUUUGUAGCUCACCUGGGCGGGGUGAUGGUGGGUCUCACACUGGGGGUCGUGGUCCUGCAGAACUAUGAACAGCGGCUCCAGGAGCAGUCCCUCUUUUGGAUCUUCUUCUGCGUCUAUACCUUGUUUGUGCUCUGUGCCAUAUUCUGGAACAUUUUUGCCUACAGCUUGCUUGAUGUGCGGUUGCCCCCACCACCGUGACACCAAUACCCCCUUCGUCCUUCUGUCCCUCAAGUGGACUCUGUUUUCAUCCACUUGCUGCAUUUCUAGAGGAAGCCUUGCAAUCCCUUCCCAUGUAAAAACAUGUGACCAGACUUAAUCCUCUUCGUCCCGAAUAGAGCAGUAUAAAAAAUGUGAAGCCUCAAGGACAUGUCUGCCCUGACUAGUGUGGUUUUGUAACAGUUGUAUAAUGACCAUGUUCAGCGCAACUACAUCGACCUUCGUCAAGGCCAAACUACUGACGAAUGUGAAAGAAGUCAGUCUUGCAAUUUUUCAACUUCUGUGUACUCUGCUUCUCCACACAGGCUUGGAAGCGAACCCAUGACUGAUCGUGAUACUUUUUAAAAUUAUUUUUGACUCAACGGUUGGGAUUUUUUAUGCA